CCACAAGGCGCAGAGCGACAUGAACGCGGAUGCUGACGGUCAAGGCGGCGCUGUGCUCCCUGCGCAGUCUCGAGAGGGCAGUCCCGUGGCGUGUGACUUCGCUCCAUCGGUGCUGGGGACACGAGAGCAUUGGGAUGCUGUUUAUGAGAGAGAACUGAGAACAUUCCAAGAAUAUGGAGAUACAGGAGAAAUCUGGUUUGGGGAAGAGAGUAUGAACCGGCUAAUAAGGUGGAUGCAGAAACACAAGAUCCCAUUGGAUGCCUCAGUGCUUGAUAUUGGAACUGGAAAUGGUGUUUUCCUGGUUGAACUUGUGAAACACGGCUUCUCUAAUGUAACUGGGAUUGAUUAUUCUCCUUGUGCAAUUAAACUCUCUGCAAGCAUUCUAGAGAAGGAAGGACUAUCUAACAUUAACUUGAAGGUAGAAGACUUUUUGAGUCUUUCCACAAAGCUGUCUGGAUUUCAUGUUUGUGUGGACAAAGGGACUUUCGAUGCCAUAAGUCUUAAUCCUGACAAUGCAGCUGAGAAGAGGAAGCAAUAUGUGAUGUCUCUCUCCAGGGUGUUGGAAGUAAAAGGCUUUUUUCUAAUAACCUCUUGUAAUUGGACCAAGGCAGAGUUGCUAGAUGUGUUCAGUGAAGGAUUUGAGCUUUUUGAAGAGCUGCCAACACCCGAGUUCAGCUUUGGAGGUCGAUCUGGAAACACUGUAGCAGCUUUGGUUUUUCAGAAAAGUGAGACUUCCUUGGACAAAGUCAGUUAGCUUUCUAGAAGAAACUGUACAGCACAGAGACCCUGGUAGAGAAGAAGCAAGUACAAAUAGUGCUUAGUAAGUACUUAGUAAGCACCCAGGCUGCGCAGAUUGAGUACAGAUGAUGGGGUUGUGGGAAGCCACAAGUGUGGGAAUCAGCAUUCAGAUAUCAACUAAGAUAAUUUAAAAUUGUAUUUUGUAUUUGACAUAUAAAUAUUUUUUGUACUUUAGAGCAGUUUUCUGUAACUAUUAAACAGUUGAAAGCCUCAAGGCAGUAUGAAUUUACAGGAAACAUAUAUUCUUGUUUUUUUGUGUGUUUAUAAAAGUAGAAUUGAAAAAGACUUUUAUGAAGAUUGGACCAAGCUGUUUUAAGACCAGAAUAGUUAAGAAUUUUCUUAUGUGUAAUAGACUAUGAAGUGUGUUAAGCAAUGCCAUUUUGUGAUGAUAACUUGGAGAGCUCCUUGAUUGUCAUGUUAUUAAGCAAAAUCAGAGAAAUUGAUGAAAUAUUUUUAUUUACUUAUUUAUUUUUGAGACAGUGUCUCGCUGUGUAGAUCUGGUUGUCCUGGAACUCAGAGAUCUACCUGCCUCUCCCUCCCCAGUGCUGAGAUUAAAGGUGUGAGCCACCACACUGGUAAUUCUCUAGUCUUUACCCUGUGAAGGAGAGAUGGGUACUUUAAGGAGAUAGAAUAGUUCCAUGUUAACUAAUGAUGUUUUAUUAAAUCAUUGAAUCC